UGUUUUACCGGUAGCAUUUAAAUUUUAAAAUGCCAAUCUCCGUAAAGAAUUUAAGAUAGUUUCAGUUGAACCAGGUGGGAACGAAGGUGUUUGCUGCAGCAUCAUGGAUACUCGGGUGGCUGCUUACAAACCAAGAACGUCCAAGACAAAAAUACACUGGGUAAUGGACAAGGAUGAGGAAAGGGAAUUAUUUGACGAUUUGGGAAUCAUAGGAGAAAUUCACUCGCCCCAGCAAGAAAAAUCAGAAAUUCUUUCAAAAAAUAAAUAUUUAAAGUUACAAAGUACGCCGAUAAUGAGCCAUUCAGCAAGCAUGGUCAAACAUCAAAGGCCAGUUGCUCAAAGAAAACGAUCUUUGCUGCAAACUAAUGACGGUUCAAAAUUUCCGAAAGUUAGGUGCUUGACGGAUUCAUUUAACGGUAGCUGGUGUAGUAACAGUAGUGAGUCAUCAAAAUUAGAUUUCUCUUUGAUUAACCGGAUGCCAGAUGAGAUCUUCAUUAAAAUCUUCAAAUACUGCAAUUCAGAAACCAAAGUGAUCUGUUCACGUGUGUGUUGGAGAUGGUACAAGAUAGCGAAAGAUGAGACUUUAUGGAGACAAGUAUCUUUGGCAAAGAGGAUUAUUUCACUUGUUCAAUUACAGAAUUUAUUAAAACGUGAUGUCCAAGCAUUAUGUUUGAACUCAGCUGAAAUAAUACAAAACACUGGAGAUGAUGCAGGCCCACAGGUUAACCCAUUCUCACGGGUGUACUACUACACAAUUCAUUCGCUGGAUUUGACCAAUGCAAAUAUAUCCAAUAACUCACUUUGUAUUAUUCUUAUGAGAUGUAACCAACUGCGUAACAUUAGCCUUGAGGGGUUAACCAUAUCACAUAAUGUACUAAGUUCAUUACAGAGUUGUAUACUCCUGCAAAAAUUAAACCUAUGUCUGUGCAAGGGUAUGACAGAGAGUGGUAUGAUACAUCUACUUGAAACCUGCUGUCAAUUGAGACAUUUGAACAUGGCAUGGACUAACUUGUGCCAGUCAGAUCCAACUCAGAUAAUCUCGAGCCUUCCACGCAAUAUCAGACGUUUGAAUAUGUCAGGUUUUCUUAACACUCUAAAAGAUGGACACGUGGCUAGUAUUGUUAGACGAUGUCCUGAACUACAAGAGCUUGACAUCAGCGAUUCAAACAAAACAACAGAAGAAAGCAUUAACCAUAUUAUGAAUGUACAGAACACUCUUGAUUCUGUUAAUUUAAGUCGCUGCUAUGCAAUCAGUCCAAACUGUUACCUCCACUUUUCAAAGUUGAAACAGCUUCGACACCUUGAUGUGUUUGGAGUUUUUGACGAUGUCUCAACAAAUGUACUCGCUUCAGUGUUAACCAAUGUGCGUGUUUGUCUACGGCCAUUCAGUGCUAUUGCACGCCCAUCUCCUAGUUCAUUGUACGGCACUAGGAGACGUACCAUAUGGGGAUAUUUGGUAGUUUGAAACUUUACACUACUCUAUACUUGCUGCUAUCACGUUGUUUGGUGUAUAAUGUUAAUUACUUUAGCUUUGUUCUGGCUUUUAUUAUAGUAUGUAAUUUAUACUUAAUUUUUGAAAAAUGCUGUUUAUUUAUUUACCAUCACCAUAAAGUAAACACCACUGUGUUGCAGUUAUUUAUUUUUAAAUUCUUUUUGUUUGUUUUGGUGUUUCUAUUUUUUUAUUGAAAAUUCAAUAGAUAUAUAUAUAUAUUUUAUUAUUUGAACUUAAUUGCUUUGUUGUAGUAUUUUAUACAGUUUUUGUUUUAUCAAUUCAAAACCAAUAUUUUACUUGGAAAAUUAAAAACUGAUUUUGACCAACUUGUUCUGAGACUCAUUUAUCGUUAAAGUCAAUAAACAUUUACAGAUUCUUUUUAAAAAA